AUGGGUAGAAAAUCUUCAGAGAUCUCCAGCCAGGAUGUCUUCCCCCGGCACAGCAAUCGCACAUCUCUCAACUUCGCCGACGACACGCCAGUUUGUAACGAAUGGACAAUUUCUCUAUUAGAGAGUAGAGAUGUCACACACCAGGUUGGCCUAGCAGCUAUCAACAACAACACCGGCAGAAUCACUCUCACACAAGUUGAUUGA